GUGCAUGACCCACAGGCAGACCGAGAGAGCGCUGUUUCUGUCUUUCAAGCUGUUCGUGUGUGUGGGUGUGUGUCAGCUGGCACGCUGACGGGCUCUGAGGGCAGGCUGGGCACGGUGGCAGGAGCCGGUGCAUGGCUGUGGGGGGGUCGCGCGGCGUGCGCUCCUCAGCAGCGAGAGAGCCGCUGGGGGUCAGGCUUUGGCUGGGGUCGGACACAGAGACCCUGGGGGCCCAGCGGGGGGCCAGUCGAGCGGUGUACUCGGACUGCAUCAGGGGGCAUGCGCUGCUCUCUGCGCUUAUGGGUACUGCUGGCAUCGUUGGCCCUCCUCUUCCUCACCUCUCUACUCUUUUCACUCUCACUGAGGGGAGGCCCUGGCCUGUCCUACCUGGAGUCUCCUGGGUGGGAAGAGUCAAGACAGGUGAAGUUGGUGCCGAACUACGCUGGCUCCCACAAGCUGGUUUCUGCUGAGGGAAGCCAGCAGAAGACAUGUGUCUGUAAACGCUGUGUGGGCGACCCGGGCGUCUCAGAUUGGUUUGAUGAGAAUUAUGAGCCAGAUAUUUCGCCCGUGUGGACAAGGGACAACAUCCAGCUGCCUUCAGAUGUCUACUACUGGUGGGUGAUGUUGCAGCCUCAGUUUAAGCCCCACAGUAUCCAACAGGUGCUGCAGAGGCUCUUCCAGGUGAUCCCCGGUCACUCGCCGUAUGUCUCUUGGGACCCCGCUCGCUGUCUGCGCUGUGCUGUGGUGGGCAACUCAGGCAACCUGCGUGGGGCUCGCUAUGGCUCGGUGAUCGACGGUCACACCUACAUCAUGAGAAUAAACCUGGCACCGACUGUGGGCUAUGAAGAGGACGUGGGCAGUCAUACCACCCACCAUUUCAUGUACCCAGAAAGUGCCAAGAAUCUGGCUGCCAAUGUCAGCUUUGUUCUGGUGCCCUUCAAGACUCUGGACCUGCUGUGGAUCACCAGCGCCCUCUCUACUGGCCAAAUCCGCUUCACCUAUGCUCCAGUAAAGCAGUUUCUGCGGGUGGACAAGGACAAGGUUCAGAUAUUCAAUCCGGCAUUUUUCAAGUACAUCCAUGACCACUGGACACGGCACCAUGGCCGCUACCCCUCUACAGGCAUGCUGGUCCUCUUCUUUGCCCUGCAUGUGUGUGAUGAGGUGAAUGUAUUCGGCUUUGGGGCUGACAGCCGGGGCAACUGGCACCACUAUUGGGAACAGAACCGUUAUUCUGGAGAAUUCCGGAAAACAGGAGUCCAUGAUGCGGAUUAUGAGGCCCAGAUCAUAGAGCGCCUGGCCAAAGCUGGCAAGAUCACAGUCUUUCCUGGGAAGUGACACUCUGUGUAGCAAAGUGUGGAGGGAAGGAGCCACUGAUGAACCAACCACACAAACCCGGCACCUGAUUUCUUUUCUACCCCAACCUGGAAGAGGAACUGAAUAAAUGUGGACCAUUGAUAUUGGCAUUCAGCUUUUCCAGUACAAGAAUUUUUAUAAUAAUCCAGAAACAUCACACGAGAAAGUAUCCCACUGUCCUUGCUGGUUGUCUAUCAGCUUCUUGUGUGUGCUCAGCCAGUGAUCAACGUAAUAUAAGUGCAAUGACUGUAUGGUUUAUGAGAUGAUUACUGGCUUGAGCAGAACCACUGAUUAACUGUGUGUUAAUCAUGCUACCCUGCAUGAUCACUGCAAGUGCCAGUUUACAUGCUCUUACAGAAACCGGAGCAUUUUUAUGUUGUAUUAUAUCUUUUAUGGUUCACUUUUAUCAUGUUGACUCUGCAUCACUGUGCUCUCACAGCCAUUUGAACAGAUGUUAAUCACUGUCAUCAAUUAUUUUAAUGAGUAAUUACCACAAACAGCUGAUUGUAAAGUGAAACGCUCAGCGCCUUCAGAUUAUCCGUUAAUCCAAAAUCACUUAUUUACUCCUGUGUACCAGUCAGUGUUUUGACGUAUAUUUGUAAAGCACAUUUUAAGCAGUGUUACACGUUUUUGUAUUGUCUGCAGUGGUAGAGCUGAAAUGUCUAAAUUUAUUAGAGCCAAUGUGUUUAAUGACAAAGAUAAUGAAGUCUUAUCUGCGCUCCAGGAACAAAAAUGUAUUUUCUAUGUCCACUGAGGAAGUUAUAGCUAGAUGGUUUGGAACCGGUGGCAUCAGUUGUGUGCCACAUUACUUGAGGUUAAUUGGGAGUAAACCGUGUUUCAGCGCAGUUAGAUGUUUAUGACAUUCAUAGCAAAAUAUUACUUCAAAUAGAUUUGUAAAUUUAUUUUUUUAGUUUAUUUUUUAAGUCACUCUUUAUUUGUCACCAUCUGUUGUGUGUAGAUCAGUGCUCGCUGGAAAAAAGUUUCAGGGUGCUCCGUGCUUCCUGCUUUGGCUUUGUUCUUGGUUUUAUAUUCAGGUACAGUAAACCCAAAAAAAAAAAAAAAAAAAAGUAGACCUAAACAGAUGCUUGCGUGCCUUGUCCUUGCUGUGGAGACAUCCUCCUUGCAGUGAAACAAAAAAUUGUAAAAAAGUGUAGUCACAGACUGUCUUCUUACUGUGCAUUUUAGCUCAUCUGCUCUCCAUCACACACACCAACACCUGUCAUAUAAUUUUAACAAGCAACUGUGCAUUUUUUUUUUUUUAUUCAUACACACACACAUUUUGAUGUAUUGGCUUUGUGAUCUCACUGCCAUCAAACCUCCUACACUCCCUUCUCUAAAAUCUGUUCACUGCUGAGCACCGUGCCUUCAGGACCAUUCAGAAGCACAGUCCUCUCACCUCUCUGUUCCUAACCGAAACCGUCAUUGUGGCUGAUUAUUAUUGCUGAAACCCUGACAAUAGACCCUUGCAAAACCAUACAAUGCAUUAACCUCCUGAGACCCGUAUGCUACUGUUGUGUACAUUACAAUUUCUACUGACUGUUUCUCUUAAUUCAUAGCUGAUAACUAUACAUUUAAUCAGUGUUUUCAAGGAAGCAGUUUGGCAAAAGAAUUAUACCUAACAGUCCUCAUAUAAGGUUGGUACAAUAAAUAUAUAUAGACAAUGAAGUAUGAGAAAAUGUUAUGUCCUCAUAUGAGGACAUUCGGGUCUCAAGAGGUUAAUAUAAGUAGGGAUAGUACAUUUAUCGGGUUGAGGCACAAGUGUUAACGUAAUGUUGACAACCGAUUUAUUAAUACGCAGAUGUUUACUCCCUUCCUCUUGGUGGAAAUAUUCCUUUAAAACGAUGUGCAAUUUAUCACCAAAGAGUCGCAUGAAAAGAAAAAAGAAUGCCUCAAAGGCCAAAAGCCUGUCCAACAAACACUAAAAAAGCAAAUGCUUGUUAGAUUAUGAGGGUUUUGUAUAGUACACUUUGUAGUUUGUUCCCUUCAUCCCAAAAUGAUGACUUUUACAUUUCUGGUCUGACAAAGAAAUAUAAUCCCGCUGUUGCAUUAUUGUGCACAUUCAACUCAAAAUAGUCUGGCUUGUUUGGAGUAUUUAAACACCCCUGUCUCAUUUUCUUCAUGUCCAUCAACCUUCCAGAUCUGUGCCUGGCAACUUCACUGAGGAGUUUCCCUUCUUUUCACUGUUGGAGUUAGUGUUAGUGAUGCAGCUAGUUUGGAAGACUGAGGUUUUGUAUUAUGGAUCUUUGUGAUUUUGGGGAGUGAAAUCCCUGCUGUCCUAACGUUUAUACUGACCUGACUCCAUCCUGUGUUUGACCCUAAGCCUUUCAAAUGAACCACUGAAAACACACACUGUACAUAUCCUCCUGGUGUUUUAUUGCGCUUCUUAAUAGAACGCCAACUCGUUAAUGGUGUAGUGACAGUUAUCAGGUCAGUGCUUUCUCUCUUUCCUUUUCCAACCUCCUCAUGUGUAUGUGUAAUUAUGGACUGUUUUUAUCUUAUGCUAUUGUAACAAAUAAAUGCAUACAAUAAACAGUCAGUCUACCUGUCUGAUAAUGUAGUACAUGGA